AUCCAAAGGAUAUUUGACAGCCUCUUUGACCCAUUGCAAGAAAAGACAAUAUGAAUUCUAGAUCUCUAAUUAUAAUCGGAAUUACUUGUAUUUCCAUGUGCUUCUCAGGAGUGUCUUCAGAAUGUAACAUGGGAGAGAUGUCCAAAUGUUUUGAGGGGUUUGUAAUGCCAAAUAUGGAGUCAUUGUCAAUGCAAGAUUUACAGACCAUGUGCGCAUCGGUUAGAGGUGUGAAAAGCUGUAUUGAGCCAUACAAAAGUGCUUGUGCAGCAGAUUCAACCUUUCAGUCGAUGAUGAGCGGUAUGACUCUGGCUGCUGGGUAUUGCGGAGAUUCUGGCUGCAAUUUAUUGAAAUGCUUCUCUGAUGCUGGGAUUAAUUUGGACAAUACUGGGGGUAGCUCAAAAAAAUAA